GCAGAGAAAUGACUCUAGUCCCUCUGUGCUUACAGAGUGUGCUCAUCUAAGAACUCAAACUGGAGAACUACUAAAACUGAAUGUGGACUUUAAACAGUUUGACUAGGAAUUUCUAAUUCGUGCUUCUGCAGCAAUUCCGGUUUCUACAGAUGUUUUAGUGCGGUGGUUUUCAUUAAUGGUUCACGACAAAGUUUUGCUCUAAUUUCCUGUGCAACUGAAGCCCCCAACUCUGUGCACAAUGACUGAGUGUGUGUGCAGCUCUUCAUACCUGCAGAGGUGGUUGCUAAAGACUUUGUUGUUCCUGGCUGCUGCGCUGCCUUCAAGUGCUGACUGUCCCAAACCAUGCGCCUGCGAUGUUACCACUGAAGUGCACUGCACCUUCAGAUACCUGACUUUAAUACCUGACCACAUCCUGCCAGCUGUUGAAAAAAUUAACCUCGGGUACAACAGCAUAACUAUCCUGAGAGAAAAUGAUCUUUCAGGGCUUGAAAACUUGGAACUGUUGUUGCUGCACAGCAACAUGAUACACACUACUGAAGACAGAGCCUUCAAAGACCUUAAGUCAUUACAGGUCCUGAAGAUGUCAUACAAUAAAUUAAAGAUUAUCAACAAAGAGACUUUCAAAGGCUUGGAUAGUCUGCUGAGACUCCACAUAGACCACAACCACAUCGAAUUUAUAAACCCUGAGGCUUUCUUCGGGCUUACCAACUUAGAAUUGGUUAAUCUGGAGGGUAACUACCUCCAGCAGCUCCACCCGGACACAUUUAUCACACUGAGACACAGCCAGGUUUUCAAGGUAUCAUCAGUAAGAACCAUCCACCUGUCAGACAACCUUCUGACCACUCUGCCAGCAGACAUUUUUUCAGGCUGCAGUCAGUUAGAAAAUGUCUUCCUCCAUGGCAACCCCUGGAAGUGUGAUUGCCGUAUGAAGUGGUUCUCACUUUGGGCACAAAGAAAUACAGGUGUGCUGAAAUGCUGGCGAGACAGGAGAUAUCCCAGAGGCCUAUGUGCUGUUUGUGAAAAUCCUUUGCUUUACCACAAAAGGCCUCUAUCCCUUCUACCCAACAAUGCUUUUACUUGCACCAAACCUUUGAUCCAACCCCAUCUAAAGCAGAAAAACAUCAGCCUGGAUGAAGGGAACUUCUUUCCUGUUUCCCCCAAGGACUUUAUUGCCCCAUUAGGCUCAAUACAAAUGAACCUGACCGACCAGUUUUACAAUGAUGCCAGUCUAACCUGCACUGUACAGCGGCCCACUUCUUUUGAGAACCUGACUCAAACCCUGGAGGAAGGAGAAGGAAACAAUGUCACCAUGCUUACCACUUGCAUAACUACGUAUUUGGUGUGUAAUAUUAACCAUGAACACAUCCAGCAACUGUGGCAGAUCUUAGCCACCUACAGUGACUCUCCUAUGAGGCUAGAGAGAGGUUUAAUGUUGGCCACAAGCCCAGAAAUGGUGUACCGAUAUGCUCAGAUGAAAACAAAGGAUCUAGAUAAAGAAAUAAACACAAACAUUAAGGCUGAGAUUAAAGCCUCUCCUGCAUGGUUAAUGCAGGGAGAAGUGAGCUUCCAACUAGACCGCACUGCUACCACCUUCUCUACCCUGCACAUUAAGUACCAGUCUGUGGUAAACCUACGUUUGGAAAGCACACCAUCUAAGAGGGACCGGUAUUCCUGGGCCAUGAUCAAACAAGAUAAUCAAACUAAAACUGAGCACACUGUACUUACAGGUGGUGUGGUACAGUUGAGCUGCCAUAUCCAGGGUGAUCCAAAGCCUCUCUUGGAGUGGAUUUUACCAGAUGGAAGCAAGGUCAGAGCUCCUUAUUCCAGUGAGGACAGGAGAAUAAUAAUUACUGCUGAAGGAAAGCUCACUCUUCGAGGUGCAGAUACCUCUGACACAGGCCUCUACUGGUGCAUUGCCACAAACUACCUGGAUGCAGAUAUCCUCAUCUUUCGAGUGACAGUUCUGUCCACUGAUGUGGAAGAGGCUGAGGUCAAUGGUGUUCAACUCUCUAGGCCACUGGGUGAAAAGCUUGUUUUUGACUGUAGCUCCUCGGGGAGUCCUGAGGCCUCAGUGUCUUGGAUUCUGCCUGACCAUUCAGUGCUUGACAAGCCUCAUGGGAACAGAAACAUUUUUAAGAAUGGGACAUUGCUGAUUCAGGGUAUCACAGCAAGGGAUCGAGGAUUUUAUAGGUGUUUAGUUGCUAAUCAUGUUGGAGUUGACCUACUCGUUUCUCAGGUGACAGUAACAGACAAAGGGUCCGUGACAGCAAGUGUUUUCAACAGUGAGGGAUCAGGGAUGGUGACGGAGUUUGCAAUGGAUUCUAGCUUGACACAAAACACAGUCAAACUCAGUGAGAUACACCACUCCCAGCAUGCUGACAGAACUAUCCAGGAGUCCAGGACCAUUACUUCAGAUCGGCCUUACCCCAGACACAGAUCACGUGGCCGAGUAGGUUUUGGAGGUAGACUGGGACAGAGAAGGAGGGGGUCAGUCCGCAACAGCCACAUCUGGAGUAGUAGGGUCUUUGAUAAAGCUUCCAGGAAAGUAGACCCGCAGAAGUUUGCAGAAUUUAUGAAAAAGGCUCAGGGUGGCUCAAAAAUAAAGAGUGAUAGAGAAAAUGAGAAAGUAAAAUAUGAAAACACACAUAUUGGUUAUUCUGGUGACAAUGAAAUUGGAUCUGGUGAAGCUCAAGAUGAAGACCAUCUCAUUGUUCUCCCAACAAUAGUCCAACCAACAACAGAUAAUCCACAAAGAAUAUUUGAUCAAGACAGGCAGACUGAGACAGUAACAACCACACAAAUUGGUGAGGGACAUAUUUUAGCAACAAAGGAAAAUGGCAUGGAAAAUAGAUUCAGCAAUUAUAUUAAUUCAACUAAAAUAAUGGAAAAUAGAGACAUGGCAACAACAGAGCCAUAUAUGCAGUCUACAUUCACUACAGAUCCAAGGUUAGUUGAGACAAACAACUUUUACACCCUUGAAAGAACCAGCAUGCCACCUUCGAACCUACAACCAGUCACUCUCCAACCUACUGUGACAGACACUUCACAAGAAACCCAACUAGAGUUAUCAGGAGAAGCACCUGCAGAACCAGAGACUUCGACAGAGGGUGCUUUUUCUUCAACUACAGACCCUAAUGUUACUCCAAUGAGAGAUGAACCAGGCCCAGUGGAGCUAGUCCUUCACACAGACCCUGAAAGCCAAACCUCAUUUACAGCAAUCACAGCUACAGACAGACAGCAAGACAAGAUCAUUUUCCAUACAACCCAGACAAUAAAAUCCCCGCGCCUGCCUGCAGGAUCUACUAUCAUCUCCCGGCAGCACAUCCAUAUAAUCCCACGCCAAAGUAACAGAGGAAAGGUUGGCAGGAGGAACUUUCAAGGCCGCAGAAGAAUCAUUAAACCAAACAGGAUCCAUGACAUGCAGUCCUUUAUUAAUAAACUUAAACAAUCCACCAUGAAUAAAGAAGGGAAUGCCUCUGUGCCAUAUCAAAUUCAGUUGACCACAGCCUGUAACUAUAAUAAGGCAGCAACCACUGAUUUGGCAGUGGUCACACCAACAGCAUCUUCUAGUCCAUGUUUACACAAAACAGAGAAACCUGCUUAUAUGCAAAAAACCACAAGUCAUUACAUGACUUCAAAUGCCACAUUCAACAAAGCAGAGUCUAGAUCAGAGACUUCCAAUGAGUACAUAACGUUUGCAGUUGCCCCUGAACUGGAUCCUACAACUAAAGUCCCAACCACAACCACUACUACAUCUACUUCUAAGAUCAUUCGGGGAAAAAUUCCAUGGAACAAGUUGUUUGGAAACAAAGGAAGGGAAAGGAUGCUCAGUAGGCUUAAGAAGCCAUUAACUGCGAAUAAAACUUCAACUACGACUGAAACAAGAGGCACCCUAACCACAACCAUUGCUCCUACGCCCAUUACCUCUGCCAACUUAUUAGUUAAAGCUGAUAGUUUGUCACCAUCCAGACACACAACGAGUAGUUCAUUAGAUGAUGAUUAUGGAGAUGCAUCCUCUGCUGAUUUCCAGUUCACAACACUGGGUCCCAGCUUGGACUUUAUACCUGUUACUAGUUAUUCUGGUUCCUCACAGUUUUAUACCACUGCAGAAACACCACCAGAAUUACAGACUCUACCCUCGCCACCCACUGUCAAACCCACCCAGCAGGAAAAUCUUGAUGUAACCUCAUCUGGGUCUGGAAGACUGUCUGACAAUUUGCUUAUAAUCAGACAGAGGCCUGGUGAGACAAGAGGUAGGCUAGGGCGGAGAAGGAGGCCCAAUAGGAGAAGAAGACCCCUAAGGAAACCUGGAAUUCCCAAAGUCCGACAAACUACAACAACUGAGGCAAUAACUACAGAGGCAACAACCAUGGAAUACACAAUGGAGGCAACCACACUUUUUCAUCAAAGUGUUUCAGAAUAUAAUCCCAUUUACACACAAAAAGAUGCCAGAACCACAGUAUUGGGUACCACUGAAAAAAGAUCUGAGGAGAGUGACCUAUAUGAGGACUUUGACUGGACAUCUAGUGGUUCAUCCAGCUAUCCUACCACCAUGACACCUCUAUUUUCCUCUGCCACUUAUGAUCCUGCUACUACACUGAUACCGCAUACAACUAAGCGGUUUUACACAACUGCUCAGACAAGAUUCCACAGCAACAUCAAACCACCAACACAAAGGAAUGGUGACACCAAUCGCAGUUUAGUGUUGGAGAGAAUUAGACCUACCGGUACUCGAAAAAGCAGUGGUACUAAAGGCAGUGUAGAUAACUCUGAUACACUGAUCCUUCUAACAGCUCAGCAAGGCUACAUGAUCAGUACCCCCGUUCCUUACAUUACAGACAAGGAUUCUGCCACCUCUACUAUUUAUAAUCAAGUCUCGGGAUAUGAUGCUACCAGUGCCAGUAAUGCUGGUUUUGAACCCACUACAAAGGUCAUGUCAAGCAAACCCAAGAUAGUGGGUGGAAAUGCAGCUAGCUUUACUGUACUGUCUAACUCUGAUGCUUUCCUGCCAUGCGUGGCUGUUGGAAACCCACAGCCAGUUAUAACAUGGAAACGAUUCUCCUCCAGCACAGGAAGAACCAUUACCAUUAAAGAGAGGAUGGGCAAGUAUGAGGUGUUGAGCAACGGCACGCUGUCAAUCCCAAAUGCCAAUAUUAAAGAUCGAGGCCAAUACUUCUGUCUAGCUGAGAAUGACCAUGGAUCAGAUAAACUUAUUAUCACCCUCUCAGUGGUAGCCUAUCCCUCUCGCAUUUUAGAGCCAAAGAUGCGCGAGAUAAAAUCUUAUGCAGGAAACACAGUUGAACUGAAAUGUAAAGCAGAGGGCCGGCCCAUGCCUGUGAUAUCUUGGAUCUUGGCCAACCGUACUCAAGUCAUGGGUCAAAACACUGAGAAGGGAAGAGCAUCAGUAUCUGCUGUGGGGACUCUGGUUAUUAAAUAUGUGUCUGUUUAUGACAGAGGUCAUUAUAAAUGCAUUGCCAGUAAUCCUGCUGGAGCUGAUACUGCUACAGUCCGACUGCAGGUGGUGGCAGCUCCACCAGGUAUCAUGGAGGAGAAGCGGCAGCAGCUACAAGCUAUUCUUGGCCACAGUUUACAGUUACCCUGCACUGGUCAUGGUACACCUCAGCCUAGUGUUCACUGGGUUCUCCAUGAUGGGUCAAUGAUACAAUCUAACAGGCCUGUAAUCGAUACACGGAUAUCCAUGUAUGAGAAUGGGACGCUUCACAUUAAGGAUGUGACUCCAGCAGACAGUGGAAAAUAUGAAUGUAUUGCUACCAGCUCUACUGGUUCAGAACGAAGAGUCGUGACUCUGACAGUAAUACUACAAGAAUCUGCUCCUCAGAUAUUGGAGAUAUCCAAGCGCUUGACUGAGUUGUCAUAUGGGGAUCAGUUAAGACUAAACUGUUUGGCAACUGGAAACCCUAAACCUAGGAUAAUCUGGAAACUACCUUCUAAAGCUGUGGUGGACUAUUGGUACAGGGUGGGCAGCAGGAUACAGGUCCUUGAUAAUGGUACUCUUACUGUUAACACUGUGAGUGACAAAGAUGCCGGAGAUUAUCUCUGUGUGGCCCGAAACAAGAUUGGUGAUGCUCUACAACUCAUGAAAGUCAGUGUAUCAAUGAAGCCAGCCAAGAUAGAGACUAAGGUAUACAGCAAGAAGCAGGUACCCUAUGGAAAGGACUUAAAAGUAGACUGUAAAGCCUCAGGGGCACCAAAGCCAGAUAUCUCCUGGGGUCUACCAGAUGGUACAAUGGUCAACAGUGCUUUGCAGUCUGAUGCCAGCAGUAGAGGAGGACGAGAACGUCGCUACACUCUGUUUGACAAUGGAACUCUUUAUCUAAACCAGGUUGGAAUGUCAGAGGAAGGCGAUUAUACCUGCUUUGCUGAGAACCAGGUUGGCAAAGAUGAGAUGCAUGUACAUAUCACUGUAGUUACAGCAUCCCCUAGGAUGCGUCCAUCCAGCCAGACCUAUGCUAGAGUGAAGCCCGGAGGAAGCAUCCUCUUUGACUGUGAGGCAGUUGGAGAGCCUAAACCUAAGAUAUUGUGGAUACUUCCCAAUAACGAUGUAAUAGCAGCAUCACAUGAACGCUACUUAAUGCAUGUCAAUGGUUCUCUGGAUAUUAGGGAUGUCAAGGUAAUUGAUGCAGGGGAGUAUGUUUGCAUGGCUCGCAACCCUGGCGGAGAAACCAGAAAAGUCUACAAGCUUGAGAUAGGUGGGAAUCCACCAGUGAUCAAUGGCUACCAUCAGAACAGAACAGUCAUUAAAGAAAUAGUGUCUACAUAUUCCAGGAAACUUAUAGAUUGUAUGGCUGAGGGGACUCCCAGACCUACUAUCACUUGGAUUAUGCCUGAUAACAUCUUUCUAACAGCACCCUACUUUGGAAGUAGGAUUAAAGUCCACCAGAAUGGGACACUUGAGAUACGUAAUGUCCGCCCUUCUGAUACAGCAGAGUUUAUUUGCUUAGCUAGAAAUGAUGGAGGAGAGGCAGUAAUGGUGGUGCAGUUGACGGUUACAAGUAUGCUUCGAAGGCCAAUCUUCAAUAAUCCCUUCAAUGAACGUAUUGUGUCUGGGAAUGGGAAAACCACAGUUCUGAAUUGUUCUGCUGAUGGGCAGCCAAUGCCAGAGAUAUCAUGGACUUUGCCUAAUGGAACACGGUUUAUUGGUGGAACCAAUCAUGGUUCUCGCCACCAAAUAAACAAUGAUGGGACUUUGGUCAUCCGCAGUACUCACAAAGAAGAUGCUGGGAAAUACCGCUGUGGUGCCAAGAAUCUCAUGGGCUACAUAGAGAAGCUAAUAAUUUUGGAGAUUGGGCAGAAGCCUUAUAUCCUGACAAGGCCCAGGGGUAUCAUACGCAGCAUAUCAGGGGAGCCCCUCUUCAUUCACUGCCUAUCUGAUGGGAGUCCCAGACCAAGAAUCUACUGGACCGUUCCUGGUGGUCACACUCUUACUCGGCCUCAAGUCCUCGGACGCUACCAGUUGCUAGAAAAUGGUACUCUUAUAAUUCAGGACACUACACUCCAUGACCGCGGAAACUACAUAUGCAGAGCUCGAAACGAUGCUGGUGAGGCUGUACUUACUGUCCCCGUUAUUGUCAUUGCCUACCCUCCACGGAUCACAAUGGGGCCCCCCUCCAAUGUGAGGGCAGAGACUGGGAGACCUAUUCAGCUCAACUGUGCUGCUACUGGGAUCCCCAAGCCAGAGAUCACAUGGGAGCUUCCAGAUCAUUCAGUUCUAUCAGCAGCAGAAAAGGGGCGGCCUAUGGGUAGUGAACUGCUCCACCCUCAGGGUACACUAAUCAUCCAGAGGCCCACACCCUCAGACUCUGGAACAUACAAAUGCCUUGUGAAAAACCACUUAGGUACAGAUUCAAAGGUCACAUAUGUACUUGUGCUGUGAUUAAAAAUAAUAGCUGAAGGUUGACAGUAUAUGCUAAUGUAAAUAUUAACAGACACAUAUUGUCUGCUCACUACACUACCUAUCAUCUUGUGGAUUAGUGAAGAUCAAGGCAUGUGUAAUACAGAAGCUGAUUAUGUGAGUAAUUAACAAAGCACAAAAAAGGAAUUUAAAAAAAGAAACUCCUGCUUGCUUGUAACAUUGGAAGCUGGGGUCUGGAAAAUCAAAGUACUCAUUUAGGGUAGUCCUAACGAGAGCAACAGAGCCAAAUCAUAGAGCCAAACCUAAAGUAAUUUCUCUGACCUGCUGUUGGACAUAGUAGCCAAACAGGAAAACAGAAAUUAGAAGGGGGGGGUUGGUCUUCUCAAGAAGUCAUAAUUCCCUUUGGACAUAACAGCAAAUUUAAAAAAAACAACAGAAUAUGUAGUAAAAUGUAUUUUAUAAGUAAUUCAGUGUUUUUAAGUGGGAAAAAGGGUUUAUUCAAAUAUAUAUAUGAUACUUGUCUUACACUGGACAUGGUAUAUUGCGUGCGUGCGUGCGUGCGUGUGUGCGUGCGUGCGUGCGUGCGUGCGUGCGUGUGUGUGUGUGUGUUAAUUAAGGUCUAUAUAGAUUCCUAUAUGUCUAUUUGGAACACAAUGGAAUAUAAUACAUAUUACCAAUCUGUUGUGUUGUACAUGAGAAUUUACAGUAAUGUUAUACAUUAUGCCAAUAAUAAAGUCCAUGUAUAUCUAUUUGCAGUAUCUCCUUAAUUAAAGUAUGGGGA